CUACUGUGGUCUACUGUCUACAGUCGCACUCACAAGCCAAAUGUCUUGUCACGAUUCGCGAAUCGCGAUCGCGAUAGACAAUAAGCAGCAAAAGCAAUCAGAGCCAAAUCAUAAACUUAUUGUCAGACACAGUUAACGGUUAGACAGGACAGGAGAUAACAGCGGGUCGAGUGGAGUCGAGUCGAGUCGAGCCAAGUUCAGUCAGGUAACAAGUCACAGGUCACGAUUCACGGCAAGUCACGUUGCGAUGAGAACCAUGGUUUAAAAAGCAACCGUUUGUUUCUUUCUUCUGCCAUUUUUCGCCUUCUCGCCAACCAAAAAUCACGAUACAUCGGAAACGAAAACGUAACAAGGGCGCGAUACUGCGCGCUAAAAUGAGUCUCAACAUAACAAAGUUGUUCUCGAGAAAAAAAACAAACCCGAUCAACGACACGGUUGCAGUUGCCGCCGAGAUCGGUUUACCCACAAACGUUUCUCACAAAUUUCACGUAAGUAAAAAUGCCGAGACCGGACAGUUGGAGGGUCUUCCCGAAUCUUGGACUCGUCUCCUCAACACCCAAAUAUCGAAAUCGGAACAGGACGAGCAUCCUGCUGCUGCCUUGCAGGCUAUCAAAUUCUAUAAUUAUUCGAUCAAACGAAAACCAGAGGAAAAGGUAUUCAAGUCUUUUGUUACCGAAGAUUACAUCGAGGAAGAAUCCCAGGAAAUUGAUAAAAUUCUAACAAAAAAGUAUCAGUCUUGUAGAGACUCGGAUAGUUCUACCUCUGCCAGUUCUACCGAUAGUCAAUUACAAACGCUACCAGACCUCCCGCCUAAGCUAACCAUUUACAAGACUCCUACCUCGCAAACGUCACAAAUAUGCCACGAUAGAGAAGAGAAAACUCUUACAGAGAUUCUCGAAGACUUAAACACUUAUCGGAUCGAGGACGAUCCGUUGGUACUAGAUGAAACGGGCCCCAGUAGACACGAAGAGAGUCCUGUUCUUCGAAGAAAGACCGACUGUGCCGCGAUCAAGCUCACGGAUCGACAGAUUUACGACGAACUUAGAACUAUAUGUCAGAGCGGAGAUCCUAAUCUACGUUUCGAAAGGACCAAAGAGGUCGGAGCUGGUGCUUCGGGAACCGUAUUUAUAGCUACCGAUAUGCAAACUAAUCAAAGAGUCGCUGUAAAGGAUAUAGAUUUAUCGAAACAGUCGAAAAAAGAGCUGAUACUGACGGAAAUUAAAAUCCUCAAAGAGUUUCAACAUCCGAAUCUGGUCAACUUUCUCGACGCCUAUCUCAUAGAUGAACAUCUCUGGGUGAUUAUGGAAUUGUUAGAAGGCGGACCUCUUACAGAUGUUGUUACGGAAACUAUAAUGAAAGAAGCACAGAUCGCAGCAGUUUGCAGGGAAGUUUUAAAAGCGAUUCAUUUUUUACAUACCAAAGGAAUUAUUCACAGAGAUAUCAAAUCGGAUAAUGUCCUACUUGGUAUGAACGGUGCUGUGAAAGUUACAGACUUUGGUUUUUGUGCCAACAUAGACGGCGAUGAGAAACGACAAACUAUGGUUGGAACUCCUUAUUGGAUGGCACCGGAAGUAGUGACGAGAAAACAAUACGGUAAAAAGGUAGACAUUUGGUCGUUAGGUAUUAUGGCUAUCGAAAUGAUAGAAGGUGAACCACCUUACAUGAAAGAAACUCCUUUAAGGGCCUUAUAUUUGAUCGCUGCUAUCGGUAAACCUUCCAUUCCUAGAUGGGAUACGUUAAGUCCUACGUUUCGGAAUUUCUUAGAAAGAUGUUUAGUUGUCGAAGUAGACGAAAGAGCAACAGCCCAAGAGUUACUUUCUCAUCCAUUCCUAGACAACUGUGCAGAAUUAACAACCCUUACACCGUUAAUUCGAGCAGCGCAAAGAAUUCUACGCAAAGCAUUCUAUUAAGUAAUUCUUUAAAAUAGAAAUCAAAUUUUUAUUUUAUUUCGUUAUGCAUUUCACUUUUCAACUAUCGCCGAUACCGCAUCGAUAUACUUUACAUAACGGACAAUAUUUCUCACAUCGAACCAAUAUAAUUCUACGUGGUACCGUCAUUUCACAUAUUUUAUAUGUGACACUAUCUAUCGUAUCGAUAACAAUGGGCUACCAAAUUUACGCUAGGAAUACCCGAUGUAGUAACAAACGAAUUACCGAUACGAUACGUUAGUUUCAAUUAUUCGUGUCGACAAAAAGUUAUCGUUCAUUUAAAUUAUCAUUAAUCAUUUUGCGUGCAAUAUCUGCCCUCUAGGCUCCGUAUUUCUUUUCAUAUAUUAUUUAUCUUUUUUAAUAAAAAGAGUGUCAUUUAACAAGUUAUACAAUCAAUUUACACAAUAGAAUAUAGGAGCAAAAAUAACACGUCGUAAUCGUCGUGUUAUCCGCUAAACGGAUAUAUUCGGUGCUCCGUAUAAUAUAAUUAACGUGUAUUUUCCAUUUAUUAUCUAACAAAAUAUGAUUUAUACAACAUCUUUAUUAUAAAUAUUGUACUUAGUUUCUUCAACAACUGAAAGUGCAAGGUAUACGUGUACACAUGGCAUCUAUCAGGGAUCUUGUACGAAUAACUUUCUUUAUAUUUCACAGUUAUCCAAACACUGUGGAAAAUAAGAUUUCCAAUUUAAUUAUAGUACAAAUUAAUUUGAUUAUCUUACCGAAUCAACAUUUCAACUAUACGCGAUGUAUUUCACUUUCCAUCUUUACCCUUUAUAUUUUCUAAAUUACAUUUUUCUCUUACUUAGCAUUUUAUAACCUAACGAAUAAACUCGUUGAGCCAUAUGUUUUUAAUCAAACAGUUUAUACAUUUAUAUACAUGUAUAUCGGCUAUUUCAACAUCUAUUAUUUAAUUUUAUUAUACCGGUAUUAUACCCGUGGAAUUCAAACGGCAGAAGACUACUUCUGUGUACAAACUUUUGAAAUCUUUUAGUAAUAAUAACAAGCUGAACUCGAUUGCAACUCGAUGUUGUAAGCGUACGUAUUAGUAACCAAGUAUUGUAAAUGAUGUGGCAUACCACACAUUAGGAUGCAUUUUUUAAAGAUUUUAAGAGUGAGCUAGCUUUUAUUAGAUAAGAGAUUUUAUCGAGUAUUACAAUGCACAACAUUUUCAGAAAUUUUCGAUUUCUAUUUUAGAACUUAACACUGCUCAUACCAAAUGCCAAGUUUUAACGAGUACCGUACGCUAAGUUCUAUCUACAUAACUUUGUAUUUACAAUAUCUUUUAUAAAACGUAACUGAAUUUAUACUGCAAUUAAAUGUUGUCCAUAAUUAGUUAAGGCCUGAGCAGUAAUAACGAGCAAAAUCAUAACUGUGAUAAGAAAAGUUAGGUCCUAUUAUACUAUUGUAUUUCGUCGUUUCUAUUAUUUUCGUAUUAAUAUUUUACCACUUCCACCUCAUUACGUAAUGCAUACUUGAUCUAAACGUAAUUUAAUUUUACUUUAAAUUAUUAGAGAGCAUCGAUAUACGAAUUCUCACAAUCAGUUUAUAAUGUCAAAUAAUUGUUCGCUUAACGAUUGCUGUUUAUUUCAAAGUUUCGGUAUAUGCAAUAUGACAGUAUUCGUCAGAUUUAAACACCCAUAACAUUUGUGCCUUAUCGAAUCAGUACGCAUUACGCAUGGUUCUAUGGCAACAGCCUUACCGUUAAAUACUGUUUUCACUGGUAAAGAAAUGGAAGCGCAACGAAUGUAACGAUCUUUCGAUCAACAAUAAUUACAAAACAAUUGACAAUACUUCCAAGAUUCUAUAAAACGGUUGCAAUUUUGCUAUGUAUUAUUUUUGAAUAUGUGUAGAAGAAACAUCACACGUCAUUUUAAACAAUAAAUACUUUAUUUACAAGAUUAA